CUGAUUCUUUUCUUCCAGUUGCUCUGAUAACCGAAGGCAAAACUGAAACCCUGAAGACGAGGGCAAAGGAAAAGAAAGCUCCAAAGGGAGCCCAGCGCCCGGCCUUUCGUCCUGCGGUCCCUUUAAGAGAAGAACCUCUCGGGACCGGCAGUCCCAACCGACCCCAGUUUUAACCGAAACCUAACCCGGACUUCCCCUCUUCACUCAAAUAAGACCAACUUUGGAUUUUCCCUCCCCUAUUGACCAAUCAGAAUCUGUUACCAGGCAGACUUUAGCUGCCGCCGGUGCGAGCCCGGCGCCUUCUGUCUCCGGGUGGCCGCAACGACCAAUGAGAGAACAGGCCGCGCGAGUCUCUAGGCAGAUCGGGACUGCUCCAGCCACUCAGAAAAAAGAAAAUAAAGCAACGCACGAGCCCGCUGGGCCAGGACCGUGGGGCUGGGCUGGAGUGAAGGUGGCUACGAGCCCUCAUGCCGGGAUGGCAGAAGAUGAACCCGACGCUAAGAGCCCCAAGACUGGGGGACGGCCCCCCUCAGGUAGUGCUGAGGCGGGAGAACCCACCACCCUUCUUCAGAGGCUCCGAGGUACCAUUUCUAAGACACCAGGGAAAAUCUUGUGUGUGACCUCCAGCUUUCUCCUCUCCUCCACAGCAAGGCCGUGCAGAACAAAGUCGAGGGGAUCCUGCAAGAUGUACAGAAAUUCUCAGACAACGACAAGCUGUAUCUCUACCUUCAGCUCCCCUCAGGACCCAGUACUGGAGACAAAAGCUCAGAGCCAAGUACACUUAGCAAUGAGGAGUACAUGUAUGCCUAUCGAUGGAUCCGCAACCAUCUAGAAGAGCAUACUGACACCUGUUUGCCAAAGCAAAGUGUUUAUGAUGCCUAUCGGAAGUACUGUGAGAGUCUUGCCUGUUGCCGCCCACUCAGCACCGCCAACUUUGGCAAAAUCAUCAGAGAGAUCUUCCCUGACAUCAAGGCCCGAAGGCUUGGUGGCCGAGGCCAGUCCAAGCUGCUCUUUAACUUGUCUCAGAUAUUGCUACAGUGGCAUACGAAGGAAGACCUUGGUGUCUAUGCCACCCUUACCUGGACUUGACCUGAAGGGCUCUGAGAGUCCAGAAAUGGGCCCAGAAGUAACCCCAGCACCCCGGGACGAACUGGUUGAGGCAGCCUGCGCUCUGACCUGUGACUGGGCAGAACGAAUCCUGAAACGAUCCUUCAGUUCCAUCGUUGAAGUCGCCCGCUUCCUCCUGCAGCAGCACCUCAUCUCUGCCCGGUCUGCUCCUGCCCACGUACUCAAGGCAGUGGGGCUCGCUGACGACGAUGAACAUGCCCCUCGGGAGCGGUCUUCUAAAUCCAAGAAUGGUGUCGAGAGCCUAGAGGGUGGAGCCCACAAGAAACCAGAGAGACCAGCCCAGCCACCUAAGGAGCCGGAACCCCGGGCUGGGGCUGGCCCUCCUGCACGUGGAGAGCGGAAGAAGAGUGUAGUGGAGAGCCCAGCCCUAGCAGCCAGUAACCCACAGGUUAAUGCCCUGGUGGCCCGGCUGCCUCUGCUCCUUCCCCGGGCCCCUCGCUCACUUAUUCCACCACUCCAAGUCUCUCCCCCCAUCCUGGCCCCCAAGCUUUCUUCAGGCCCUCUGAAAGUGGCUCUGCCCAGUAGGGCUGGGGGACCCCAGGCAGCUGUGCCCAUCAUUAACAUGAUCUUACCAGCUGUUCCUGCUUUGCCUGGACCCGGGCCUGGGCCUGGGCCUGGGCCUGGGCCUGGGCAAGCCCUACCUGGGGUGCUCGCUCAGCCACGAGGCACAGAGAACAGGGAGGUAGGCAUAGGUGGUGACCCAGGACCCCAUGACAAAGGUGUCAAGAGAUCAGCAGAAGUACCUGUGAGUGAGGCCAUUGGGCAGGAUCCACCAGCUAAAGCAGCAAAGCAGGAUAUAGAGGAUACAGGAAGUGAUGCCAAAAGAAAACGGGGGCGCCCUCGAAAAAAAUCAGGUGGAAGUAGGGAAAGGAACUCUACCCCUGACAAGUCAGCAGCUGCCGUGGACUCUGCCCAGCCCUGCCGGUUACCACGGGAGACAUGGGCCUCUGCAGGGGAGAGCAACUCUGCCAGAGGGUCAGGGAGACCAGGGCCAGUGGGAGGGGCUGAGAAGGGGAUGGUGCUUCCCCGGGAUCAGGAAGAUGGUGUUGUUUCCAGAGGAGGAAAGGGCCCCAGUUCCCGGCAUGCCAAAGAAGCAGAAGAUAAAAUUCCUCUGGUCACCUCAAAAGUGAGUGUCAUCAAGGGCAGUAGAAGCCAAAAGGAGGCUCUUCCAAAGGGAGAGGUAGACACCGCAGCACAGGGUAAUAAAGACUUAAAAGGGCACGUGCUUCAGAAUUCCUUAUCCCAUGAAGGGAAAGACCCCCAAGCAACACCCCCUUGAUAGGUACGUGGGGAAAAGUGUUUAUAUUCACAUUAACUCUUCCUGCCUAGUAGAGGCCCUUCUCUGCACUUGCUUCUCAUUUGGCUCUUCUUUUCCUAAGGCAGUUCAUUCUCCUGUAGAGACUGCUGAGGCCCCCUUGUCUUACACAGUGUCUGGCUCCUGCCUCUGAUGUUUCCAGCUCAAUACCCUUGGCUUUAGAGUCCUUGAUAAAUGUAGUGACUGUCUUACCUGGAUCUCUGCUAUCCUGUGGGAGGAUAGGGAUGGAGUAAGUAUGAUGAAUGUAUCGGCUAGGAAUCUUUCGGUUUUAAAUCAAAGAAAACCUUACAAACUGGCUUAAAAAUUAAGACUUCCUGGCUCACGUAACUGUGAAGUCCAGAGGUAGUACUGGCUCCAGGGAGAGCUGAUGCAGUGGCUCAACCCGUUUCUAAAUACCUGAUCUCCCCCCCUGCUGCUGCCUUCUAUAGGAUCGUUUUAAACCUGGGCCACUUCAUGGCUGCCAGCACUCCUGGGAUUACACGUUUUCUCAUUUAUAUCCAACCUGAAAAGGGAACAUCUUUGUGCCAGGAAUCUUAGCAGAAGCAUCAAGAUUGACUCUGAUUAAGCCAUCCUGGGUCACAUGCCCACCCCUAACCAAUCACUGUGGCCAGAAGGAUGGUAUAUGCUAAUUUGUUCAUUCUACAUCGGGGAAAGCCUGGGAUCAGCCUCCUUAGAAUCACAAAGGUCUCCAAACGGGCAGUUCCUGGGGAGGCAGCUGACGCGGGCCACACUAUAAAGUACAUGUGGUUUUAGCUUGCUAGGUUGGGAUCGGCUACACCUGUUUCCUUUUUCCCCUCCCUGUCUUGCAUUUUCCUUACUGCAGCUAUAAUAAUAGCCUCUUUCCUCUGGUAGGCUCGGAAGGAAUGAGAGGGAAGUCCCUCUCCUUUAAGGACUCUCUUUGGUCUCAUUUAGAUGAUACUUCCUACAUUUCAGAGAUGGAGAUCCUUCCCUUUCCUGUUUCUGAAUGUUUUUUCCUCAUUCUGCUUCCCUACUCAUUCUGCUUUCCCGACCCUACUGCCAGCUUUCACCAAGUGGAGUGAAAGAUGAACUUCUUAGCCAUUUUAUUAAAUCCAUUCUGUAUCCACCAGGUGUCAGUCUCUUGUCAUACAUGUGUCAGGACUUAGCCAGGAUUGUGGGGUUUAGGCUAGGUGUGUGGAAGGAGGUAGCUCUGCAGAUCAGCACCAAUAGGAAGGGAACCCAGACCUUAUGUUCUCCUUUGGAAAAGCAGUAAACCAAUAUUUACUGAGGACCUACUUUGUCUUCUGCGUAGGGUAGCUUCUGUCAGGGAAUCUGGUUCUGCCCAGGAAAUAAAUUUUCUUUCAGGGAGACUUCAUUUCCACCACAGCAUAUUUUUUAAAAUUAUAAUAUGUAAUAUUUGAUAUAUAUAAAGAAUAUAUUUAACAUGAAUAAAUUAUGAAACAUAAUUAAGUGAA